UUUAAUAUAAUCCCAAAAGAGAAACAUUUCACCCCCUCUCUCCCUCUUUUGCUUCAUAGACCUCGCCUCCGAACAUGGAUUCCACUCUCCAUCUGGAAUACCAAAUCAGAUAAACCCUUGAUUCGCAGAUCACAAAUCACAAUAUCACAGAAAAGAAAAUAAAGGACGCUUUCCCUUUUUUCUUUCUCGAAUUGCAUUUUCUUGCGGUAUCUGACCCUAUCCUGAUUCACCCAAAUCUCCAGCUUCAAGACCAACACUUUGGGUUUUAUCAUUUUCUUUUUUUCUUUUGUUUAGUAUGCAUAGAUCGGGAGCUGCUAUGGCUUGGAACGUAUUCAAGUUCUGUACGGCCCUACGCGGCCUGGGCUCCAUCAUGAUCUUGUUGGUGCUUGGGGUUGUGGGUGUCACAUAUUACGCCGUCGUUUUAACCAAUUAUGGCCCUUCUCUGUACGACAGUGGCCUUGAUUCUGUCACUGCUCUCGCUGUAUUGAUCCCAUUUCAUUGUUUGUUGGUGAUGCUAUUAUGGAGUUACUUUUCUGUUGUUUUAACUGAUCCGGGUAGCGUGCCUCCUACUUGGAGGCCUGCUAAUGAUGAGGAAAGAGGUGAGUCUGAUCCACUCAAUGCCUCAGAUUUCAGUGGCUUGCCAACCAAUCCAUCCAACCAAAGGAUUCGGUAUUGCCGGAAGUGCACCCAGCUGAAACCACCUCGCUGCCACCAUUGUUCUGUUUGUGGGAGGUGUGUGCUAAAGAUGGACCAUCAUUGUGUAUGGGUUGUAAAUUGUGUUGGAGCAUUAAAUUAUAAAUAUUUUCUUCUAUUUUUAUUCUACACGUUUCUUGAGACAAGUCUUGUGACCUUGUCACUGCUACCACACUUCAUUGCAUUCUUUAGUGAUGGUGAAAUUCCUGGAACACCUGGGACCCUUGCAACCACAUUUCUUGCCUUUGUUUUGAACCUGGCAUUUGCAUUGAGUGUUCUGGGAUUUAUGAUCAUGCACAUAUCCCUGGUUUCUGCUAAUACCACUACUAUCGAGGCAUAUGAGAAGAAAACCACACCGAAGUGGCGCUAUGACCUUGGUCGUAGGAAGAACUUUGAACAGGUAUUUGGGACAGAUAAACGAUACUGGUUCAUUCCGGCUUAUUCAGAAGAAGAUUUGCGACGAAUGCCUGCACUCCAGGGUCUUGAAUAUCCAUCAAAGCCCGACUUGGACUCCCAAGAGUUCUAGCAACCAGUCGUGUUAUGGAACUGGAAAUUUUUCUUUUUUUUAACAAUGGAAAUGGAGCCCAGCCAAAACAUGCCAAUAUGCCCAAACCUUGAUAAUCAAAUUGCUCUGCUUAUAUGAGGUCCUAACCAUUAAUUCCUGGAGGCGUCCUUCUGAAAUAACUGGCUAGAGAGAGAUAUAUAUGUUGAGAGAGAGAGAGAGAGAGAGAGAGAGAGAGAGAGUAGCGUUAAGAAAUUCUGGAAGAUCAAAUUCUAGGUUGCAUAAUAUUGGGAAGUCAUGAUUGGCUGAUAUUUGCUUGUUCUAAUUGCGAGGAAUAUGGGAACUGCAUGAAGGAAUUGCAAGUUUAUUGAUGUGGUAUUACGCUGCUGAUGUUGGUGUUCCUAUAGGUUUUAUUGUAUAUUGAAUGGAAAAUAUUGAAAAUCAAGUAUCUGGCUUUUGCCUGCCUUGGUGGAAAA